UACAACAAUCAAUUAUAAAACAAGAGAUAGCUUCUGAACAGAGAAUAAUAAAUAAAUAGAAAGAGAACAAUGGCCUCCAUUAGUUGUAAUUCAGUCAUUUUUCUCUUUUCCCUUUUACUUUUUGCUUCUUUAAUCCCAAGCUUGGAUGCCAACAUUGCCGAAUUUGACCCUUAUUUGGAAAAGAAAGCUGAAGAAGCCCUCAAAUCUUCUCUUGCUGCUUAUAAUGAAAAUCCUGAGGAACUCACUGAAACUUUCAACAAAGAAGUCGGAGAAACAAUCUUAAAUGGCACUAGGAGGUAUCUGAAGGAUUUAAUAUGAGAAUAAUGAAAGGAUAAUGUUUUUGAGCAGAGACAGGACUAGAAUUUGAAAUUUCUAGUUUUUGAACUUGCCACAAAACUCGUAGCUCAUUUUAGUUAUUAAUUUCAUAAUAAAAAUAUUGCUAUAUAUUGUUAAUAAUUUUCAUAAUAUAAAUAUAUAUUCUAAACAAAAGCUACUGAGUUCAUUCGUACUGGACGUAACACGUACUGUAGCUCCG